AUGAACGUAGCGGAAUUCUGCCAGCUGGUAACCAAGUACAAAAAUAUAUUGGAUAGUAAAAGUGUAGAAUUUCAUGCUAGACGAAGCUGGGAUAAUGUUGUGCUGGAAUGGCAAAAAUUUUUAGAAGAACAGCCGGUAUCCCAUGCUCAAUUUUCUUUAAUUUUAUGGUCUCUUCAGGUUCAAAACUUGAUUGCUUUUGUAAAUUUGAGAGGUGUGGAUUCCGAGAAAAUUCCAGAAUCAUUGUUAGAUCUCAGAACACAAUUGCGACGCUUUGAAUACACGAGGAAGUGCGUACGGGACCCAUUACAGUUGUGGGAGACGUGGACGGAUGCAAUCUGUCCGACUAGCCUGCAGGCAAAUUUCCCAGUCAUCACCUCGUCCACCAGAUUGCUCCGGAAAAAAAUAAAAGCGAAAAAACAGCAUGAAAUUGAUCGAAUCAUUGAGCUGAUUUCUCAAGUGCAGUUAUUUGCAAACGGCAUCGUUGACAGUCUAAUUGAUAUUGGAGCUGGUGUGGGGCAUCUAUCGCGAAUGGUUUCGAUCCAUAACAAGUUAGCUGUGAUGGCUGUUGAAGGAAAUCAUCAAUUUACAAUAUCAGCCAAUGAUCUCGACGAGAAACUUGCAAAAGCCUCCGCUGUUUCCCAAACUGCCCUGAGCUUUCAUGAACGUCCGAUUCGUUACACAGACUUUGUCACAGAAGAAAUGGCUCUGAAAGUUGAUGAUUUUACAUCGAACUCGGCAAUUCUAGUUGGCCUGCAUUGUUGUGGUGAUUUCUCCUCGACAGUUCUGAAAGUGUUUCUGGACAGUCAGAAAGCAAGAUUUCUUGUAUUACUUGGAUGCUGCUACCAUAAAGAGUUUCAAUGCUUCAACUUUUGUAAACCAGGCGAUAUACAAGAGGCGUCCACGAAAUCGAAGUCUACAGUUUUUCCAUUGAGUCAGAAGUGGGAAGGUUAUGAAUUGAGCUACUCCAGUCGAGAGGCUGCAUGCCAUAAUAACGAGAACAUGGAUAAGAGAUUCUGUGAAAACACCGAUAUUUCUCGUUAUGCUCGGGCCCGACUUGAAAAAUGGAUUUGGGAAAUAUCCGAUUCGCCAGAAGAUAGAAACAUUGGGAUGUGUUCGGUGAAAUGCGUUGAAAACGAGACAACAUUCGACGAAUACAUUCGAAAAGCCAUGGCCAAUCGUGGAUCCCAUUUAUUAAAUGAUGUUCUGGAGGUCAUUCCUAAAUCUGAGCUAUCAGCCUAUGUAUCAUCCUUCAAAUGCUCAAAGUUUGAUUCAUAUGAUGUAUUACGUCUGAUGUUUGCACCCGCCAUUGAAUCGGCUAUUUUGGAUGAUCGAAUUGCCUUUUUGCAGGAAAACGGAAUUCAUGCCAAAUGUGUUCCUCUUUUCGAACCUACUAUUUCUUCUAGAAAUCUUGCCAUUGUUGCCUAUAAAUAA